CCCCUCUUCAACACUCGUCUUGCAUAUCACAGUUUCUGCUACUCGGUAGAAGACAGCCUUAGAUGGUCAUGCAUAUAAAUAUGGGGGGUCCAGUGAAGAGGGGUGUGCAACCCUUGGUUUGCUGACUCAAUACUAUGGAUACCAACAAGAGGGUAUUUGGGUUCAAGAUCAUUUUCUUGGUGUCCGUUUUUAUUCUUCUUAAUGAAAGUUCAAAAUGCAGCAGCUUUGGUGUUAUGGAUGAUGAACAAUUUAAAACAAUGGUGGAGGAAGUAGACAAUCAUCUACCAUCUUCUAGCUCAAGUCAAGGGGUUUAUGAGUUGAAUGAUGUGGAAGAAGAUGAAUGGCUAAUGGUAGCAAAGAAAGGAAACCAGUUUGUGAUCAAUGACCAACCUUUCUAUGUCAAUGGAUUUAACACAUACUGGCUGAUGGUGUUUGCUGCUGAUCAAUCUACCAGAGGGAAGGUCACUGAGGUUUUCCAAAAAGCAUCCUCAGUUGGCCUAUCAGUUUGCAGGACUUGGGCUUUUAAUGAUGGUCAAUGGAGAGCUCUUCAAAAAUCUCCAGGUGUUUAUGAUGAAGAUGUUUUCAAGGCCCUGGAUUUUGUGGUCAGUGAAGCAAAGCAGUACAAGAUCAGGCUCAUAUUAUCAUUGGCUAACAAUUGGGAUGCAUAUGGUGGAAAAGCACAAUAUGUUAAAUGGGGAAAAGCUUCUGGCCUCAAUUUGACAUCUGAUGAUGAUUUCUUCUCUCAUCCAACUCUCAGAAGUUACUACAAGGCUCAUGUCAAGGCGGUGUUGAAUAGAGUCAAUACGAUCACAAACAUAACCUACAAGGAUGACCCUACAAUAUUUGCUUGGGAGCUGAUGAAUGAACCUCGAUGCACCUCAGAUCCCUCUGGCGAUAAACUGCAGUCAUGGAUAACAGACAUGGCAGUAUAUGUGAAGAGCAUGGAUGCAAAGCACUUAGUAGAGAUUGGAUUGGAGGGAUUUUAUGGACCAUCGGCUCCUGAUAGGGCUCAGUUCAAUCCAAACUCAUAUGCUACGCAAGUUGGUACCGACUUUAUCAGGAACCAUCAGGUUCUUGGUGUUGAUUUUGCUUCUGUUCACAUAUACGCAGACUCCUGGAUUUCGCAAACAAUUACGGAUUCUCAUAUCCAAUUCACCAAGUCAUGGAUGGAAGCUCACAUAGAGGAUGCUGAGAAAUAUCUGGGAAUGCCGGUUGUGUUCGCUGAGUUUGGUGUAUCUUCAAAAGAUCCUGGAUACAACUCAUCAUUCCGCGACACUCUAAUUAACACAGUGUACAAGACCCUCUUGAACUCAACCAAGAGAGGUGGGAGUGGAGCUGGGAGCCUUCUGUGGCAGCUUUUCCCUGACGGGACAGACUACAUGGAUGAUGGAUAUGCAAUUGUUCUAUCAAAAUCUCCUUCCACAUCAAACAUCAUUUCCCUCCAUUCAACACGAGUCGCAAUCGUCAAUUCCAUGUGUUCAUGGAAAUGCAAAUGGGGCUGCAAGAAGAGGAAUCCUUUAGAGGCAUUCCUCUACCAUGAUGAUUUGUAAAAGUAGUUGAUCGGUCACAACAGGAAAAGGAAGAAGUACAGUGGUUAUGAUAAUACACCCCUGUUUUUGUACCUCCAAAAACAUGAAUACUGGUGGUAUUAAAUAAAGAAAAUGGCUUUACAAGCUGUUAUUGUAUUAUCAGACAAGCAAUUUUAUCUCCUCCACUUGGGUUUUUCCUUUGAAA